UAUCAGCUUCCUGGACACACAGAGACAGACAAGAUGGAUUUCCUCCGGCUACAUCUCCCUGGGCUGCAUCAGGCCUUGAGGGGGGCACUGGAUUCCUUCAGCUCCUUUGUCUCCUACCUUAUGGGAGAUGAGGUCCCUACUGCAGAGAGAAGGGAGGCAUGGGCAGCGGAGGAACUGGGGGAAGUGGCUGCAGGAAGGCCAGGGAGAACUGUAGAGGAGGAAGCCCAGGAGGCUCUGGAGUGCCUCAGAGGCAGCCAAAGCAAGGGAGAUGGAGGACUGAGAGCACCUGAAGAGGCCAGAAGACACCAGGAGGGAAGCUCAGCUACAGAACAGACCUGGAGUUGGGGAGAAUGCAGCUCCCAUGGGCCUCAAGGAGAUAGGCAAGACGCUGGGGCCUGGGAGGCAGCCAAGGCCGCCAAGUGCCAGAAGCCAAGUGCCCCCUUCGAGGCCAGAAAGAAGGUUGAGGCAGGAUCUGAGGCUGCCCCAGGCAUGAGCAGCCAAGCCCAGGAGAGUCAGGAGAGCAAUGAGCAGGAAGUGAGAACCUGGGAACAGGAGGAGGAGGAGGAGGAGGAAGAGGUCAGAGCAAGAGAGCCAGGGAGGGCCAGAGGGGCGGAGUCAGAGUGGACCUGGCUCAGGGAGCCUGAGGGGAAGACUGGUGCUGACAGGGAUGGCAAGGUGUCAGAACAGUCGGUCAAGGAGGAAGUUGCAGAGGAGAUCCAGGGGGCUGGGGCCAAAGAGACAGGGAGGGAAGAAGAUGUGGUGGCUGUGGUGAAGGAUGGCCAAAGUACAAGGGCACAGGGUACACAGGAGCCUGGGGCAGAUUCUGAGGAUGGGGCACCCUUAAGCAGCGAGGAGGUCAGGACAACCUCAGACAGGGGGCAGGCAAGGACAACCUCAGGUGGGGAGGAGAUUGGGACAGCUUCAGUCAGGGAGGAGACUGGGACAACCUCCGGCGAGGAGGAGUCUGGGACAACUUCAGGUGGGGAGGAGGGUAGGACAACCUCUUGCAGGGAAGAGACUGAUCUCCUAGGAGUCAGGGAGACAGAACAUGGAGCAGCCCCAGGAGAUAGGAUCCAGGAGGGUACUAGGAGAGUCUGGGCCAUAGAGGAGGCCUCAGACGGAGCCCAGGAGGAAGAGGUGGAUGAAAAUAGAGAGGCUGAGGUGAGCCUGGUUCUCAAACAGAACCAGACCCUGGGAACUGAAGGAGUGGGACAAGAGGCUAAGGACCAGACAGCAGAGGAGGAGGCUGCAGAAGGCCAGGGCUCAGAAUGGGAGGCAGGGAAGGGCUUUGAGGGUCAAGAAGAUCAGGAUGGGAUAGAGGCCAAGGGGAGGCAAGAUGGAGAGAUCCGCACUGCUCAAGGCAGUCUGGAGGAGGAGGUGGUGCAGGCAGGGGAGGCCAAGGAGGAGAAAGAGAGUGUCUGGGCCAUAGAGGCUAAGCUGUCCCAGGACAAAAUGACAAACGAGGCUGAAGGUGAUGCCGACUUUGAGGCAACUCCAGAGACCAGACCUGAAAAAGACUUCAGGGAGGAGAGGAGUGAGGAGGAAGCUCAGGUGGGUCAAGAAGAAUUGGGGGUAGAGUAUGGUGGCCUCGAGCACUGGGUCACUGAAGGCUGGGAACCUGAGCUGAUAGGAGGUCUCCAGACGCCAACAGAGCAGCUCAAAGAAGGACAGGGUGGUAAGGAAGAGCCCUGGAGCAUUCCAGCCCUGAGUAAAGAGGAGACAGAAAGGAGCCUGGGAAAUAAUCCCAGGAACAUGGAUUACGUAAAGUCUGGUACCUCUGAUGCAGAAGCCUGGGAAAACCAGAGAAGGGAUGUACAGAGAGGGAAUACCCAGGAGGAAAAAGUAGGUACUGAAGAGGGGGAGGGGAAGGCUGCCGGUGGCGGAGAGUCUGCAGUGCUGGAGGUCCUAGAGGCAGGCAGAGAGUGGAAGAAAGUAAAAGAAGCAGGGUGUGGGGCAGAGAGCCAGGAGCUGGGUGGAAGGUGCGGUGUAGAAGUAGGGACAGGCCAGUCACUGGGAGAGUCAGAUGCCAGAAAAACCAAGGAUGAGGAGAUGGAGGCCGCCGUGCUCUGGGGGGCAGACAGAAUACCCAGGAGAGGCUGGAGGCUGGAGGAGGCAGCUCGGAGCCUGCAGGACAGUGAGGACGACACACGGGGCAGUUCUUUGGCUGCCGAGACUGUGGAGAAUAAGACAGCUCCAGAUGAAGGGGCUGCUGGGACCAGGGAAGGGCUUGAAAGAGAGGCUGGGGAAGCUGGGGAUGGGGCAUUUGGGGGAGGCUGGGACUCAGAAGGGAGAGAGGAAGCUGGCAGAGGUGAGGAUCUAGAGGAGGCUGCUGAGGGAGGGAACAGAGGUGGGCAAGAGUUUGGCCUGGGGGGCUCAGCAGAGGAGGUUACUGGCAGAGGUGGCCAAGUGGAAGCUUUUGAGGCUAGGAAGGGUGAGCCAGCGGGAGAAUGGGUGGGGGUUGGGGAGUCUGUAGCAGUGGAAGGAAGCUAUGGGAUGGAUGGCUUUACCUCUGGUUCCCAGACAACGUGGGCAGAGGGAACAAUGACCAUAGUGGAGGCCAGUGGGCUCCCAGGAGGGCAGAUGUUGUUGGAAAAAGAGACUGGGGUAUGGCAAGCAAGGGACCAGUGGCAAGGAAGUGAAGGGCAGCGUGGGGGCCAGACCCCUGAGGAAGAGGCACAAAUGCCCUGUGAUGUAGAAGAUUUUGAGGUGACUAGACACCAGAGGGCAGAGGCCGAGGAGAUUGACCCAGAAGACCUGGAGGACAUCGAGCGCCAGGAGGACCAGUCAACGAAUCUGGACCCUGCAGAGGCUGAGCCUGGGCCACAAGAAGAGGCUGCAAGAAGUGCCCCAGGGGAUGCUCAUGGCAGCUGGAGCGAGGCCCUCCUUCCUGCGUCUCGCCUGGAUACAUCUGUCCCACGGAGCCGCGUGCUCCUCUCCCGCAGCUCCUUGCAGCGUCGCUCCCGACCCUCUUUCCGACGGAUCCCCACCCCUGAGCAGCAGAAGGAGCCUGCCAGCCCCCCACCAGAGGAAGAGCUGUCCGCCCCUGAGCAGAGACAUCUGCAACCAGAGGGACCCCCAGAGCCCAGCACCCCCAGGCCUGAAGGGACUCCAGUGCCAGCCAGGAGAAGGCCCCUUGGACACGGGUUUGGCCUUGCACACUCUGGCAUGAUGCAGGAGCUCCAAGCCAGACUGGGUCAGCCAAAGCCCCAGUGACUGGGCCCUGAGACCCAAUAGCCAAGCCCUGAGUGAGAGUCAGAGGGCUUGGUUGAACCCUGUUCAGCCUGACUCCCUUGACCACUUUCGAAGCACCCUAUUCACCACCUGGGCCUGAAUUUCUUGGAGCUUCAUUCACAGAGCAGACAGAACCAGACAUCCUUGAGAACCAUGAACAUAAGAAAUCUGACUCUCCAAAGCAGCUGAUGGACCACCUGCCCCCUUGGGACCACCUCUCACAGCCUGUCCUGACUGCCUCCCCAGUCUGUCUCGGCCACUGGCUGGAAGGCUGAGAAGGGACAGAGACAGUUCUCCCAGAGCCUUCCCUCUCCGACUGUCCCCACUCCCCAACACCCUUCCCAAGCCCUUGCAGAGCUGUGUGAGGGGAAGGCAAACAUCUGGAGUAGGAGCCAGCCCAGAAGAAAGAGGCUAGGAGCAUCUAUGGAGCUACAUUUUAUAAUCAAGGGUUGAUUAUAAGCAGACCAGGCACCUUGAGCUUUGCCAAUGGGAGCUCAGCCUCAAAACUCCGCUAGUUACUAUUGCAACCACCAACUGAGCAAGCCAGAGUUGAUAAAGGUAGUCCAGGAACCCCAAAAAUGUAGGGGAAGAGAGGGGUCCAGGAUGGCCAAAGGCUGCAGAGUCCAUUCUGGCCCCCGUGUGGGUGUCAGAUGCUCCUUUGCUGAAAAGAAGCUGAGGCAGAGAGAGGGUGAGAGUACUUUAUUAGGCACCCAGACUGGUGGCCUAGCCCAAGGACAA